AACACCUUUAAUACAAGUGACUGGAGAUAACGCAGCAGUCCAGCUACCCUGCACCUCCAGUCAGCAAGUGGCUUCACAACACGCUGUGUAACAUGAGGAUGACUAUGCACAAGAUUAUGGUGGUUUCCACUUUGUUCUGUCUAAUUUGCAACUUCCAGGCAGAGUCGGUGCCAGUGCCCGAAGAAUGGCUCGGUCUUAUCCACCGUACCAAGCGCUCCCUGCUGUGGCGCUGGAACACGCUCAAGCCAGUAGGGGCCAGCUGCAAGCAGGACUCCGACUGUGGCACCAAAUACUGCAGGGAGGGUUACUGUUCCUUCCGGCUAUCCUCCACCUAAACCGAGACAACACAUUCAACAGCAGCAUGCACACGGAUGACUCACCGCCAGACCAAUAUUCAUCAUCUUCCUCUUCUUCAUCUAAAAGCUAGAGAGAGCGAAGAUGAAGACUGCCACAAGUUGCCCUGGACGAAUAACCAGAGCCACCUCCGGUGAUUUAUCAGCCGUCUCCAGGCUGGGUGGUAAACAGCUGAUUAAGAAAUCUGGUUAUCUUGCAGUGUACGGCAGUAAAGCAUGGCUGUAAAUGUUGUACAUACACUUACCAACGUUAAGCAUCUUCAAUGUGCUAUCAAAUGACAGCUAGAGUGGAUACAGAGUAGGAGAUAGUUGUUUUUUUGGUUUUGUUUUUUUGUUUUUUGAUUUUUGAUAAUUGCGGACCCGUGACUGGACCCUUAAUUGAUAAUUGAUUUUUUGUUGUUGUUGAUAAUCAAUUUGGCUAAUUGGAAAUCUCAUUUUUACCAGCCAGCCUCAGUAAGUACCAGUUAUUGUAUUUGUACUUUCUCUUUAGAAAGCUCGUGCACAAUACCCAGUAUGAUGGCCAAUGUUUGACAAAGGAAAUAAAAAUAAUGAUGAAAAG